AUGACGUCUCCCUCUACUCACUCAACUCUACUCAUAUGUGGUAAUGCGGAAGCCAUGGUUGAUGGCAAGCAAUCGCCAUGCCCCAAACUAGCACCCAAGGUCUGCAAAGGAUGUUUUUUGAUCCAGUACUGCAGUAAGGAGUGUCAGGUAGCACACUGGGUCUCCCAUAAAGUUGACUGUAAAUCUCCGUUGAUGAAGUCGACCUGGAAACCCUCAUGGCAACGGGAAGGUCGAAAACCCGCCUUCAUCACCGGAGACAGCGGCCCGUUCGCGUUUGGACAAACUAAAUAUGGCAAGCAGAAGUACCUCUGGGGUAAUGUUCCAGCCAUAGAUGUCGUUAACCACUGUCAUAAUGAAGCUGCAAACCUGCCAGAACGCUUCUCUCUUCUCUUUGCUGCAUCAGGAGAUGUGAGAAACGUGGUCAAAUCGCUGGCAGGACUCCCACACUCUUAUUCCGGACAGUGUGAGGUCGUGAUCAACGAUAGGGACUUUGACAUAGUAGCACGGAAUGUCAUAAUCCUCUUGACUUCUUUAUACUUCGAUCCCGAUGAGGCAGCGAACAUCAUGUUACACAUCUGGUAUUCCGCCCUCAUACCCAAGCAGAUGCUUUGCUCGUUGCAAGAUAAGAUCCUGCCCCUGUUCCAGGAGGUAUGUUCAAAGACGCGCGGUAGACCUGCUGCCGCCCUUCAAUCGAAGACCUGGAGCCGUGGCGCACGAUCACUACGGCUGGUGCUGCCGAAAGGACUGUGGGAUUGCCUUCCAUCCUAUCUGCAGGUACCAGAUGGCUUAUCGUCCGCUCAAGCCCAGAAGAUCAUGAUGGCAACGACACUUCCACCUGAGCGACGCGACUAUGUUGAUCGGGCGCAUUACACACGACCGCCUCCGUGGCGCGUCUGCACGACAAAAUUCCGCAGGGACGGAAUACUCUUACCUUUUGGGAAUCCUCGUAGCGAGUUUGACACGCCCAAUCCGACCUUCUAUCAGACAACAGACUUCUGGCCGAUGAUGGACUCUGCGGAUCCACUUGGAGGCUGGAACAUCAAGGACGUGAUGCGUCUAGCACCGCUAGCAAAGAACGACAUCUACGGUAGUCUGUUCAACUAUCUGCAAGACCUACUGUUGCAAUUCUGCAACCAGGUUUCUCGAUUACCGGUCCACUUUCAAUUAUUCCAGGUUGAUGCCUUGGAUCUCCCUGGGAUUCUGAGGCAACGUGGGAUGGAUUGUCCCUAUUUCGAUAGAAUCGAGGUGUCUAACAUUGGGGACCGUGGAUAUCUAGGUCCACAAACCAUCAUCGGAACCUUUGGGCCGUUGCUCAAAGACAAGAGUCACAACCCCUGUGCUACUCUGCUGACACUGUUUUUAAACGCCGUCCACGAAGAAUUCAGCGAAGCGGACAGUCUGCUUACUAUCAAAUCAGAAUCGAUUCGCCUACAGAACUACUUGCCAACGGAUCCAGCCAAGUUUCAGCCUGGACAUAUGUUUGAUGCAGAAUUUAUGAGGUUCAACGAUGCGCGCUUGAUGGUCCGGGACUUCGACAAGGUGUUUGAGAAGUUCAUGCAGAAGUGUGAUUUUCCAGAGAUAGGUAAAGCCGCUGGGCUCGUGGCGAAGUCGAAGAAUACCAUCAUCGAACCGUGGCCCUUGCGGCUUACAACCAAGUCUACACGGGCCGAGUUCGAUCUUCUCCAUGCGUCUGGUCAUAUAGGGUCCGAGAGACACUUCGGAUUCCAGACUCAUAAUGCAACUAACGAUCAGGAGACCAAGCGCACUCGCGCUCCUGCUCCUGCUCCUCGAAACCAAUCUUAUCCGAAAAAAUUACUUCUUAUUCAUCGCUCCACUAAAGUAACCAAGACCAGUAUCCCUUCCGGCGUCGCGCUAAUUGUUUAUCCCUUGGUGCCGCCCCCCACCCCAUACGACCACCUCACUACCAAACAAAACAAACAAAAUUCACACACAACCAACCAUCCCUCCUUAUUGCCCAAAGUCUAUACAAGCAAGUUAUUGGUCAUGCCCGCCGACAAGAUCCAAGAGGGAGAUAAAGGUGCAGUGCUCCUCUCAUUCCGAUCAAAGGUAUCUGGCUCACUUGCCACUCUGCCCAUCACGCAUCUCGAGUCUGGAAUUCCGGUCGAUUGCCAUUAUCUCUCCUGGAACUGGGGGGGAAGCCACCCCAGCGGAGUCGCAGCCGAGGUCAAGGAAGGCGAUGUCUCCGUGACCUCCCACAAGGGCAAUGAAAUCACCAAGCACGGCGAAGAGGGUAACCCGGCCGUCCACAUCGCGAGAUCCGGGAACGAUGUCGUGAAGAAGGCAAGCGAGUUGCAGGUCGAUAGCAAAGCCUCCAGGUCCAAUGGCACGUCCUCGGAAGCCAAGAGAGAGGAGGCGAAAGACGACGACAAAGCAGAGGGUGAUGCAGAAGAGAGUCCAGAGGAAGAUUCAGAGAAGAGUCCGGAGGAAGAUUCAAGGGAUGCGAAGGCUGGGGGGGUGGUGGAGUCGGAGAACGAAGAUGGGGAGGAGGGUGGCGCGGAAGCUCAAGCUGGCGACAAGCGCAAGGCGGACGAGAAAGCCGAUGCUAGCAACGACGAGGAAGAGGAUGCUGGCGCGAAGAACACUAAGAAGCAGAAGGCUAGCGACGACGAUGCAGAGUCGGCUGCUGCCAACGGCAAAAAGAAAAAGGGUGGUCACCUAAAGGGCACCGAUAGCGACAAAAAGCCUGCCCAGGAGAAGAGAGAACCUGCCGCUGGAAGAGCAGAACGCAAGACUCAGAGCCAGAGCAAGACUGAAUCAUGA